AUGGCAACUUCGAACGCUGCAAGACCUGCAAGACCUGCAAGAUCCGUGUUGCGGAAUAUGGAUUUCGUCUCUGCAUUUGUGAAAGUGUAUACAGAGGAGGAUUACAGAUCUAAGUUCUAUCAUAUUGCUCAAACAGUAGCAGAUGAAUUCAAGAAGUCGCCACCGGUAGACGACCAAGGCUACGAGAUCAAAUAUCAGCUGUCCUGCCGAGGAAAAGACGCGAAAUCUAUCGGUGACAAACUUCGAGCACAGACGACAAAGUCACCAUUCACGAGCGUAGACCUUUUACUCAAGAGCGAACGCAUAUGGGAUCUAGCAGCAGUACGAGUCCUAGCCUACUUCCCCGAUGAUGUCCCUAUCAUCGCCAGGAAAUUCGAGCAACUAUUUCGCAUCCUCGAUAAACCUAUCGUGGUACACUCCAAAAGGGACUACGAAAAGCCCGAGAAACCCGACCGAACGACCCCGGCUACGGGAGGAGUCGCGGUAGCCCAGUUUGAAAAGUAUACAAAGGGGACAUUCACCCAGAAGAGCAGCGUCGAGGCCAUUGUCAGAGAAUGGAAGCACUCGGGUUACAGAGCUGUGCACUUCCACGUGGGAAAAAAGGACGAGACAAUGUUUCCCAAGUUGUAUCCAUGGCAAACCAGGGUGGAGGUUCAGAUAUCCACAGUCGUGAUGCACGCCUGGUCUGAAGUGGAACACGACAUGGUCUACAAGAAUCCGUUCCAGCUGCCUCAAGACACCACCAUGGAUCGGAUGGUAGAUGCUAUCAACGGUCUGUCCAUCACAAAUGAGACCCUCCUGCAGGAGUUGCAGCAGUCAUCCCGUAAUCUACGGGAUCAUGAGCAUGGAAAGUUAAGCAGGACCGCAUUGAAGUCCUGGAUUCUGAACUACUACUUCGAUGACAAUGACGCCCACAAGAGGUCGGAAGACCACAGUUAUCUGGAUAUCAUGGUCAAUUUGAUAGACAGCCCCUUGCUCACAGCCAGUUCCAUAAGGAAAAACUUGGCUGGUCAGCCAUUCAACACGAGACAGUUGGUCAAGAGCCUUCUCCCUGAAAAGGAGAAAAAAAGUCGGUGGUGGCAGACCGUUUACAGCGAACGCGACUCGGACGAAAUCGAUGAUUUUCACCUACUCAAAACACUUUUGCGCAACUCACUCACGAAUAAUGUGGAUGACAAGCUCCGGCACUUCGGCCUGGUAGGGGCUUCAAAAGCUACCGACGACCAAGAAAUCUACCUUCUAUAUAAGCUCUUGUUGGUGAGCAGCUGGUAUAGUAUUUGGAUGGUAAUUGGAGAGCCAGAAGUCUUUGGGUCUCGGGAAGAGACGUGUAAGUCCACAAUAAUUCAACUCACGACCGGCCAACUGAACAGCCGCUUCCUAGGCCCGAUAUGCGGACAGCUAAGUCCACAGUUCACCGAGUCCAGUGGACAAAAAGCCGCUAUCCAGAUCAAUCGCAUUCUCAUUGGGAAAACAUGUUUCUCUUCACUCAACAUGAACGAGCGCCACAGACUGGAAGAAUUCUGCAAUGACAUGUUGAACCGACAGUGUGGCGACGAUCACGAAAUAGCGUUGAGAUUGGCCAAACUUUCACUUUUUGUCCAGUCGCGACCUGGUGUUACCUUGUGGGGACCAACAACGCCGAGGACGGAUGUGCAAGAUACAAAUGACAUCUGCCGUGACUGGUCGACUGCAAUCGACUUCAGCUUUCUGAACUUGGGUAAUGCGCAGACCCAGGGCGACAUAUCUCUUGGACGUGACCUUGGCAGCAUUGCGCUUCCAGACCAGGAAAGAUAUUAUUAUAAAGCUUUGAACAGAAACACGCCAGAACCUCAAACGAACACGGACUGGAAUAGGUUACCCUUCCGGGAGUGGUACAGACCCAGUCGGUGGAGAUCAAUGUCGUGGGUCUAUGAGCUUGCUGUGACAUCGACAGGGCCGUCGCCCAGAUUCAAGAAGGAACACCGUCCAGAUCCUGAAAUGGGUCUCUACUGGGUGGCGCCAAGUCAUAUCAAGAAGUAUCUAUCGGUGCUAGCACAGUGGAAACCUCAGGACCCUCGGAAUCCAAACCCUCGGACUCCAAACCCUCUGGAAUGGAUCACCAGACAGUACAAGAGACAAUAUGUAAAAUCUUGA